AUGGCCCUCCUCGCGAAGCAGCAGAUCACCGUGGGCAAGGCGCCCACGGCCCGGAAGAGCGCGACCCGCGUGGUCGUUUGCAGGGCUAGCAAGGCCGCUGACGCCGAGAUGCCCCGCCGCGCUGCCCUGGGGAUGCUGGCGGGCGUCGCGGCGCUCGCAACUGGCGCCGCCCCCUCGUUCGCCGCGUACGGUGAUUCCGCCAACGUGUUUGGCAAGGUCACCAACAAGUCAGGCUUCAUCCCCUACUCUGGCGAGGGCUUUGCCAUCCUGCUGCCCAGCAGGUAUGAGGACAACGGCGACUCAGUGAACAACGUCGUCGUGCUGACUCAGCCCGCGGACAAGGGUGACAUCACCAGCUACGGCGCCCCUGAGAAGCUGCUGCAGGACCUGACCUUCCUGUUCGGCCGCCAGUCGUUCUCCGGCGAGACUCUGUCUGAGGGCGGCUUUGCCCCCGGCAGGGUGUCUGCGGCCAGCCUGCUGGACGUGAGCGAGGCCAUCGACAAGAAGGGCAAGAAGUACUACCGCUACGAGGUGCUGACCCGCUCCGCCGACGGCGACGAGGGCGGCAAGCACAACCUCAUCAGCGCCACCGUGUCAAACGGCAAGCUGUGGAUCUGCCGCGUCCAGAUCGGCGACAAGCGCUGGAUCAAGGGCGCCAACAAGGACGCCCAGGGCGCGAUCAACUCGUUCACCGUUGCUUGA